AUGUUAGCGGACGAUAGCAACCGACAUAAUGUAGUCAAUACAACAUACGGGUCAAAUUUCUCAUACGAUUUGUUUGAUGAUCUAAGAUUCAUUACACUGCUUAAACACAGAGAGUACAAUCAAAGCGCAAGCAUUAGCGAGGUUCUGAAGGCGUUGGAAGAUUGGAGGAAUCGCUAUAACAUUUCCAUUGUGAAAGAGUGUGACAGGUUGGAAUAUUGUAGUGGAGAGUUUAGAGACUUGAUUCUCGCUUACAACAGUAUUCAUGGCUACGUCAGUCUAUUAGUUUGCCUCUUUGGAAGUCUAGCAAAUAUCCUGAAUGUGGCUGUUUUGACGAGAAGGGAUUUAGCGGCGGCACCUAUAAACAGACUACUCAAAUGGCUCGCUGUUGCUGAUGUAUUUGUCAUGAUUGAAUAUGUUCCUUUCGCGAUUUAUAGAUACCUGUUGCUACCAGGUCAAGAAGACUGGCCAUACUCUUGGGCAGUAUACAUGCUGUUCCAUAUGCACUUCACUCAAAUCCUGCAUACUGCAUCCAUACUGCUCACUCUAUCAUUAGCCGUCUGGCGGUACAUAGCUAUCAAAUAUCCAUCGCACAGUCCAGCAUUGUGCACGGAUCGCCGCUGUUCUCUUGCAAUCUUGGCCAGUUUCGUGUUGCCACCGAUACUCUGUAUACCUUCAUAUUUUGUUUUCACUAUCCACAAGGACUUUACCAUCGACAAAAAUGGAAAUAUACCAACCAAAGUAUAUUACGUUGAUUCGGAUUACGACGGGACAUUGUAUCAGAUAAAUUUUUGGGUACACGCAGUACUCAUAAAGCUGCUACCAUGCUUUAUAUUGACUGUGAUAAGUGCUUGGCUCAUCCGGGCCCUUUAUCGAGCGAAUACUAGGAAAAAGGCGCUUAAAGGUUACAGUGCGUGUCCAGCUGAAACGGUCGUCAAUGGCAACGGGAAUAUCUUUACAAGAAAAUCAACAAAACGCAGCAAAGCUGAGAGAAGGACGGACAGAACGACAAAAAUGCUGGUAGCUGUGUUACUGCUCUUCCUAAUGACGGAGUUUCCGCAAGGCAUAUUAGGUCUUCUCAGCGGCCUGCUUGGACGCUGUUUCUUCAAACGCUGCUACAACUUAUUUGGUGAGCUGAUGGAUGCACUGGCACUGCUGAAUGGAGCCAUCAACUUCGUGCUCUACUGUUCCAUGUCCAGACAAUUUCGUACUACAUUCGGACAGUUAAUUCGCAACCGGUGUGCGCCUACGCCCCGCGCCGGAUCGCAUACCGAACUGCAGACUACAUACGUUUGA